AGAUUAUAUCACUAAAGUAGCAAUUGAACAUAAUAGUGACGUACCAUUUAGGAUAAGUUAUUUAUUCGCCUAUAAUAAAUAGUUAAUUCUCAUUAUAUGAAUAGAUAAGAACUGCAUCAAAAUGUUAAAAGAAUCAAUUUCCGACAAAUUAGAAAUUACUUAUCAUUUAAGUAAAAUAUUCGUGUGUAAAUUACUUUGGGAAAUUCCAUAUUCUAAAAACCACGUUGAUAAAGAUUUUAACGUUGACACUCUAUUUCAAUUGGAUAAAAUUUUUGAGACCCAGGUGGAGAUCGAUGAAAACACUGGAAUAUAUUAUUGCUCGGUAAAGACUAUUUCGAAUUCUUUGAAAAAUAUGGAUAUUUCUCAUCAUUCUUUAAUUUUACCCUCCCUCGCUUUACAUAUAACAAUGAAUGGUAACGAUAUGGACGAAUCUUCUCUGCUUUCUAAUCUACGAUUAUCAUACCAUCCACCUUUUCGUCUCGAACCCAACAUAUUAUUUGUAUCAUCUGAUAAUACCGAAACAUAUUUCAAAAUUAUAUCACCUUCAAAAAAUAUAUUAUUCACUAUACAGUUUCUUCCUUCAGAAUCUCAAUCCGAUUUUAAUAUUAUUGAAAUAAUACCUCCAGAGAAUCAAAAUCGCAACAUUGCUAUUUAUACUUUAAAACUUAAUGUGAAAUCUAAAGAUUAUCUUUUAGCAGAGAAGGAUAUAGCAUACACUAUAUAUGUUUAUAGUCCACUAAGCGAUCAAAAAGAAAACAUGUUAAUAAACAUUAAAAAUAAUGGAAAAAAUUUUAUGGCACACGGAACAAUUAAAAAUUGUGUUAAAAAUGAACUUAAAGCCAAGUCAGAUCUUAGAUUUUCCGGAUUUUUUACGUUUUUAUACCAAGAUUAUCAGGAAUGGUUAUAUUGGUUAGCAAUCAUAGCAAUAUCCAUUUUUUGCGCCAUAUUUGCUUGGUUCAUAUUGUAUUCAGAAUUAUUUCAACCUACAAACUAUCCUUUCAAUCCUUAUUGGUCUCCGCAAAAGCCUUCAUGGGGGACUCCUUUAAGAACAGACGGUAACCUUCAUUACAAAUUUUCUCCAUCGAACGUUAAAGCAAACACUCAAACCAGAUCUCAGAAUUAUGCCACAAUUGAAGCUGAACCAAAAAAUUAUAAUUCGAACAGAAGUGAUACCCGAUUAUGGAGUACAACAAGAAAAAAUUUCAACAAUUCUGCUAAUAACAUAUUAAAUCUCUCAAAAUCAUUCGGAUCGAUGUUAAGUCCUUCAAAAUUUGCAUCUUAUGAUAGUGACAAUGAUAAUUACUAAAAUUUGAGAUAAAUAUAAUCUUAAAAAAUAAUUACAAUUCUUUUAAAAAUGUUAAUAUUAAAUUUUAUAUACCUAUUAAAAUUUAUAUGAUUUGACACGAAUUUGUUUAUUGUAAAAGAAAAUAUUAUAU